ACCCGUCACCCAAAGUCUUUGCUUUGAGGUGGAGGUCAGGAGAGCUUCUGCGUACAAUCAUCAGAUAAUAUCUGUGAGUCCGUCUGUACAUUGGCGUAUUUGGUUGUUCCAAGCACUCUGAGCCAAAUACUGUCUCGUUACAAUGCUGUCCACUCUCCGGUCCAAGACUGUCCCAGCGGCAGCUCGCAAUGCGUUCAGAGCUACUGCCCAAUCCCUCCCACGAGCUGAAUACACAACCGUCAAAAGCUCGACGGCUAUCUCGCUACCGCAACACCAGAUCGUCCAGAAGCGAUUUCUCAGCUCCUCAAUUAAGCAGAAUGCCGAUCUCGGGCAAACUUCAGCUCGCCUAGCCAUCCUAAACAUCCUCGAGAGUGUUAGUUCGAAGAGAGAGAUUGAACAAUACUUGUCGCAGUUCAGAUCUGUAUCCUCGCAACAGUUCGCUGUGAUCAAAGUGGGAGGUGCUAUUCUCACAGAUCAUGUCGAUGUUCUAUGCAGCGCGCUGAGAAGUCUUUAUGUCAUGGGACUAUACCCUAUAGUUGUACAUGGCGGAGGGCCCCAAUUGAACAAGAUACUCCAGGAUGCUGGUGUUGAGCCUCAGUUUGAAGAGGGAAUCCGUGUUACCGACCCCAAAACGCUUGGGAUUGCAAGGAAACUAUUUCUUGAAGCCAAUAUGGACUUGGUUCUUAGACUUCGUCAGGAGUAUGGUGUGCUUGCACGCCCGAUCACGUCAGGCUGUCUAUACGCGGACUAUCUGGAUAAGGAGAAAUGGCAAUACGUCGGUAAAGUGAGCAGCGUGGAUACCCGACCAAUUGAGGCCGCCAUCGCUUCAAGAGAGCUACCUAUCCUGAUGUCAAUGGCUGAAACUCACGAGGGCCAGAUACUCAAUGUCAAUGCAGAUGUCGUGGCUGGAGAGCUAGCGAGAGCUCUCGAGCCUCUGAAGAUUGUAUAUCUCUCGGAAAAAGGAGGUCUGUUCGACGGCAACACUGGGAAGCUUAUCUCGGCGAUCAAUCUUGACGAAGAAUACGAGGGUCUAAUGACCCAGCCGUGGGUUAGACAUGGCACACGGCUAAAAAUUAAGGAGAUGAAGCAGUUACUUGACGACCUGCCGAAGACUUCGAGUGUCGCAAUCAUCCAUCCAUCCUAUCUUGAACGGGAGCUUUUCACACAUACUGGUGCCGGAACCCUAAUUCGUAAGGGGAACAAGCUGUCGACCGCGACUUCUUUCGAGGAUUUCAAUGAUAUCAAGACAUUAAAGACUGCUCUGCUCCGAGACAGAGAGGGUCUGGAUGCUGAAGCAGUUGUUGACCGUUAUGUCGAGAGCCUCAAGACUCGUCCAUUCAAAGCUUUCUUUGACGACAGAAUGGAGGCUCUCGCGAUCGUCUUCCCGCCCACAGACAAUACGUCAAUGGCUCAUUUAUCUACAUUUACUGUCACAAAGUCUGCGUGGCUAGCAAACAUCUCAGACAACGUCUUCUCGAACCUACGCACUGAAUACCCAAAACUGGUGUGGACUGUUGAUGAGCAUGACGAAAAUCUCGGCUGGUUCGCCGACAAGGCGGACGGUACCUUUAGACACACCGGUGAGCUUUUGUGCUUUUGGGGACCGAACGACCCAAAUGAAGCUGUAGCAUUGAUGCAAGAGUUCUCCCAACAUGGCCGUCGUAUGUUCGGAGAUGUCAACCUAGAAUCUCAGCUUCACCGAGCCGCUGACUACGCUGCCAGUCUUCGUGCAGGGGGGAGUACGCAACAAAUCCGCCAAUUCUCGUCCAGCACAAGGUUCACCCUGAACCCAACAAGGCGGUGUACAGCUUUUGGGCAACACAUGCUGGCAACGCAAGUGCGUAACAACUCUACUACAACAAACCCAAAUCCCCCUUUUGGCAAAAAGUUCAAGAGUAAGGACUGGCCUUCCAAAGUCGCUCUGAUUGGAGCUCGAGGAUAUACUGGGCAAGCACUCAUUGAUAUGCUCAACUCGCAUCCCAAUAUGGACCUCCGUCAUGUGUCAUCCCGGGAGUUGGCUGGUAAAAGGCUUACUGGAUACACUAAACGCGACAUUACGUACGAAAAUCUUUCACCGGACGACGUACGCAAGAUGGCAGAAAACAAGGAAAUAGAUUGCUGGGUCAUGGCUUUGCCCAAUGGUGUCUGCAAGCCGUUCGUCGAUGCUAUAAAUGAGACUGCUGGUUCCGAAACACUCAUUGUUGAUUUGAGCGCCGACUAUCGUUUCGACCCCUCUUGGACGUACGGUUUACCAGAACUUGUUGACCGUCGCAAGAUUUCCGAAGCAACUCGGAUUUCUAACCCAGGAUGCUACGCCACCGCUGCACAGCUGGGUAUUGCGCCACUACUAGACUUCAUUGGCGGCGAGGCCACUGUUUUUGGUGUCUCUGGCUAUUCCGGUGCCGGCACCAAGCCAAGUCCCAAGAACGACGUAGAGAACUUAACUAACAACCUCAUUCCUUAUAGUCUGACUGAUCAUAUCCAUGAGAAGGAGAUCUCGAUCCAACUCGGCCGUUCAGUUGCCUUCAUUCCCCAUGUAGCAGUAUGGUUUCAGGGUAUCCAUCAUACUAUCAAUAUUCCAUUAAAACAAGAAAUGAAGUCUCGUGAUAUCCGCCAGUUGUACCAAGACAGGUUUGCUGGAGAGCGGUUGAUCAAGGUUAUCGGCGAAUCUCCGGUCGUCAAGAACAUUGCUGGAAAGCACGGUGUCGAAAUUGGUGGAUUUGCUGUUCAUAGCAGCGGCAAAAGAGUGGUCGUCAAUGCGACGAUUGACAACUUGCUCAAAGGGGCAGCCACUCAAUGUCUACAAAACAUGAACCUCGCUCUUGGCUAUGGCGAAUACGAAGGUAUACCUAUUGAUGUAUGAGAAUAUCUAAGCCUUAUGCUGGCGCCAAUAUGGAGCGUAUCUGGAGUCUUGGGAAAUUCUUCCUUCAGUUGGUGUGAUUUAAACUAUUGUUGUUGUACAUAGCUUCGCCAGUAUCAGCUCCCAAGAGGACAAUGACGUCUGUCGACGGGUAAAUCCUGGUUGAAUUAGCUUUGUGCAGCCAAGAGUCAUGCAGUCAGUGUUGACCAGCACAGCUACCGUAAGGUUGUAACUACUUCGGCUUACUGAAUGUAUUCGUGAUGUGUAGCAAGGUAUACCUUAUCACAGCUUAUCCGGUUUUUUAUUUAUUCCAAAGGAAUCAUAAAAAGAUGCAAUGUUUUGUCUAGCGCCCGCUAGCGCCCUCACCAG